AUGUCUUUCACUAUCAUUUCCCUUCUCACAGUUUUCCUCUUGUCUGGAGUUCAAUCUGCAAUUGUCGUCGACUUCAACUGCUCUACUUAUCUCGAUGGAGCCUGGGUGUACACCCCAGCAGCAGUCAACUGCGAAGAUACCCUCUCCACCGCAGCAUGUCAAGCUCUCUACCCAGAAACUGAAGAUGAAGCCGGAUGGCCAACUGCUGGAGCAGAAAAUGCCCGCCCAUACCCAUGCUACGCAACUGGAACUGAAGCUGCAUCCCCAAUGGUUCCAGAUAUGAAAACUGCAUCUAUUGCUAGCUGCCCAAAGACUUGUGGAUACUGUUGUCAAACAGAAGCCUUCAACUGCCCCAAUGUUCAAUUCCCACGUCUCAACUGCAACACCAUCACCAGAACUCAAUGCAACUCUGUCACCUGGAGAACUAUCAUCGCCGCUGAUUGCCCAUCUGCCUGUGGAUUCUGCAACCAAGGAGGAUGUGUUGACGCUGUCACCAACUGUGGAAAUGACUUGAGCAUCUGCAACACAGUUGGAAUGCAAGAUUUCGUGAACAACUACUGCCAGAGAACCUGCGGAAGAUGUCCAUCAACCACCGCUGCUUCUGGGUCUGUCACUUAUACCACUGCAUCUUCUGGAACCGGAAUCUGUACCUCGUUUGCCGCUGACUCCUCUACAUCAUGCACUGCCUGGGCUGCCAACGGAUUCUGCACAAACGGCUUCUACAGUGAAGCUCAACGCAGAGCUAGAUGUGCUACAACUUGCAGACUCUGCUAG